GGUCCCUUGGGGACACAUUUUGCUUCCCCUAACCCACAGCAGUGCAGGGGGAGGAUGGUUUGGGGGGCCAGGGCUGCUCCCAGGGGUUCCUCUCCUCCUCUGCCAGCCAAUGUCCAAACAGGCGCAGGAUCGGCGCUGGUGCCGUCCCCCCGGCUGGCGAGGGAGGUGUCCCGGGCGGGGCUAUAAAUGCCGUGGCCCCGCACCGGCUCGCCUCCCGCCCUGCCCGUCUUCGCCUGUUCCGCUCGAGCUGUCGGCUGGCUGGUGUCCCCAUGGCGUCUCCCCUGGAGCUGUCCCUGGCCUCCAUCGUCUCCACCUUCCACAAGUACUCCGGGAAGGAGGGGGACAAGUACAAGCUCAGCAAGCAGGAGCUCAAGGAGCUGCUCACCAAGGAGCUGCCCAGCUUCAGCAAACAAACCAGUGAGGCAAACUUACAGAAGCUCAUGAGUGACCUGGACAACAACAGCGACAGCGAGGUGGAUUUCCAAGAGUACGUGAUCUUCCUGGCCUGUAUGGCCAUGAUGUGCAACGACUUCUUCCAGGAUUACCCCGACAAGAUGCCGCGCAGGAAUUGAGCGCGGGGCACCGUCCCCAGCCUGCGUCGCCGCCCUCACGACCGUCCCGCCGCCUCCCUGAUGUUCUUUCAAUAAAAGAUGUUUUAAACAAA